AUGAAAAGCGUAUUUGAACAUGGCAAACACCUUCGUGCUAACUACUACCGUGAACAUAAACGUAGUUUAGAAGCAAAAGAGGCCUUUUUUGCCGAACAAGCUCGAAUUCUGCUAAGUUUCACUAAAGACUUUACUGAGGUUAUGAAUAUCAAAAGUUCGCCAACCCAAAUCACUUGGUUUGCCGAUGGAGAGCUUAAUGCCUGUUAUAAUGCAGUUGAUCGUCAUGCCGAAGUAACUCCAGAUAAAAUAGCAAUUAUUCAUGAAACUGACGAUGAAAAGACCGAAAAACUAACCUACGCCGAUUUAAAAACAGCCGUUAUUAGAUUUGCUAACUAUCUAGUCCAAAGUGGAGUUAAACAAGGUGAAACUGUUUGUCUUUACAUGCCUAUGGAGCCUAAGGCUUUGAUUGCUUCUUUAGCUUGUGCUCGUUUAGGAGUAGCCCAUACAGUAGUUUUUGGCGGGUUUAGUUCGGAUAGUUUAGCUUUACGUAUUGAAGACUCAGAUGCAACUUGGCUAGUUACGGCUGAUAAGACACAGCGUGGGGGUCGGACUAUUGAGUACUUGCCCAAUGUAGUGGCUGCAGUUACAACUGUUCUGAGUGAGAAGAGUCCUUCCUUACGUGGUGUACUUCUUUGUGACCAGUCAGUUAGUACAAGAGAUAGUACUGUUGUUCAGGAAUUAAGAGAUAAGAUUAAGGUUGAUUUAUUAUCUGAACUAGAUAUGGAGUCCCCAGAACUGAACAGGGAUAGACCUUGUGUUAGUGUUCCAGCCGAAUCAGUUCUAUUCCAUCUUUAUACAAGUGGGAGUACGGGCCGGCCUAAAGGUUUAUCCCAUAGUACAGCUGGGUAUCUUUUGUAUGCAGCUUUAACUACCUUAGUAUGUUUUGACGUACAAGAGAACGAUGUGUUCUUCUGUACGGCUGAGUUGGGUUGGAUUACUGGACACUCUUAUGUUCUUUAUGGCCCUUUGGUCUUAGGAGCAACUACAGUAGUGUUCAGUGGUAUUCCGACCUUCCCUGAUCCUUUGCGACUCUUCCGGUCCGUAGCUAGACAUCGAGCUACCCAUCUUUAUACGGCCCCAACGGUCGUAAGACUUCUCCAGAAGAGUUUACCGACGUACUUAGUGCGGCCCAUGGACUUAAGUGAAUCAACUGAUGAUUUAACUCCGGCAGUUGAUCACGUUCCAGACUCACCGGCUAGUACUCGGUCUAUUUUCUCACACGGAAUCACGGGUGUCUUCUGUUCAGAACGGUACACCAAGGAGUAUCCCGCUGAUUCACUUUUGCGUCAAAUUGAUCUAUCUUCUUUACGAGUGCUUGGUUCAGUAGGCGAACCGAUUAACAAAGGAGCUUAUGUUUGGUUUAGUAUGUUCUUUGGUAAUGGCCAGUUGCCCUUAAUUGAUACGUACUGGCAAACUGAAGCGGGUGGAGUUAUGUUAUCUCCAUUAAUUGAUGUGACUCUACCUAAACCAGAAAGUGCUUCUUUCCCUUUCUUUGGGAUGCAGCCCUUGAUUAUCAAGAAGAACCAAGAUAAGUUAGAAGAAGAGCCCGGAGUAGGUGUGAAUGGCCUACUAGUCUUUAAAGGAUUCUGGCCGGGUAUUGCUCGAACUAUUGUUAAGAACCAUGAGCGGUAUGAAAGUGCUUACUUCCCCUAUCCAGGUCACUUCUAUACGGGUGAUGAAGCAUGUCGUGAUGAAGAUGGCUACUUUUGGAUUCGAGGCCGAGUUGAUGACGUCAUCAAUGUUUCUGGACACCGAUUAAGUACGGCAGAAAUUGAAAGUGCAGUUUGUUCGGUUCCAGGUAUUGCUGAAGCAGCAGCUUUAGGCCAAGAAGAUGAAGUAACUGGGCAGAGUGUGUGCAUCUUUGUGGUCAAAACCACGGAGAAAGAUGACCAAGCCCUAGCCGUCGAGAUAAAACAAGCUCUCCGGAAGAAGAUUGGAGCAGUAGUAGCUCCUAAACGAAUCAUUACGUGCCCAGAACUUCCUAAAACCAGUACGGGCAAAAUGAUGCGCCGAGUGCUGCGCAGCCUAUUGGAAGGCAAAGAAGUCGGUGAUAUUAGUACUUGCAUCAAUCCCGAUGCCAUCUCUAUCGCCCGCUCCAAUCUCUGCCCCUAA